AUGAAUAACGAACAAACUCCAAGUAAAGAAUUGAUCCGUUCUAAAGGCAGCGAGACUUCACUUACAGACUCUCCUUUAAAACCAAAACAAGAGAUUUUAGACGAAGAUACAUAUACCGAGGCCUUAAGCGAGAUUAUUAAAAAGGAUUUUUUUCCUUCUCUUCUAACUCUUGAAGCACAGCACGAUUAUGUUGAUGCCUGGAAUUCAAAUAAUCCAGAUCUAAUCAGAGAUGCUACUCGUAAACUUAACGAAUUAACUACGCCAUCCAGGAAAACAAAUGCUCCAACACCAAAAGGACCAGGAUUGACUCCAGGAUUAACUGCAUCACAAGGAGGAUGGGAUACACCUGUAUCCACUAAAGGAUCCACCGUGUUUAAAGUUCCAGCGCCAAAGAAGACUAAUGAGCAGAGAAAAGAAAAAUAUAAAUGGAUGUAUGAUAAAGAAAAAGAUCCAUUAUUGCUUGAAGAUAAUAAAGAUAAACCAAAGUUGAUCGAAGGAGCUUCUCAAGACAAGCCUGCUGAAAUUGCUUCUUGGAAAUAUAAAGUAAAAAAUUCAUUAAUGUUUUAUCCUGAAGGCCAAGAUCAAGUUCCUGAAGAGAAUUCAAGAAGAGCACCAAAACAAAUAGUCCACAAUGCUACGAGAUUCGAGUCUACAGAUGAAACUGUAAGAUAUAAAGCAAUAUUCUUUAAUGAAAGUGCUUCUCAUACUCCCCGAGUUGGUGGUUAUAGUUUCGUUUCUGCCACACCGUCACCAAAUCCUUCACAAAUUGACACCUCAGAGCUUAUGACCUGGGGUAUGAUUGAAGGUAGUCCUUUGUUAAUUGGAGGAGAUCAAACACCAGUACGCGCGUCUCUAUUAUCACCUGCAGCGCGUAAAUUGCUACAUAAAUCAGGGUUCCCUUAUGUCAAGCAAAAAGGGACCUAG